CUGCCUAAGUGGCAACCUACUGAGGAAGAAAAGAUGACCUGCAUCAAAGACCACCGUAAGGCCCAAGCCCUGCUGCAAACGAAGUCCUCUUACAAUCUCAACCUGGCGGCUGCAAGGCCACAGAAGACUGAGAAAGAUGAAGCAGAUAAGGAGCAUCGGGAGCAACUUGUCCUUGAGCGUGUAGAAAAGGCCGAGAAAGAUCGAAAAUGUCGACAAGUCAAACAAGCCAAACCAAGAGAUAAUCUGGAACGUUUGAUGCCUGCCGGGCUAAAAAACACAUACGCAAGUGGUACACACUCAGGUGUAAUUGGAGUGGGCCAGGCCCUAGACCCACAUGAGUGGUUACAGACAGAACAGGCCGACACUCACGACGUUGAUGCCCCCAUAGUCUCGAUUGCGCCAGCUAUCCUUGGUCCCGUUCCAUCUCGUGAAACCAUGACCUAUCAGAGCAGAGCCAAAGCUGAUUAUGAUGGAAGCAGUGACGCCAGCAUCACCGUGUUGCAGACCAGGCUUCAAGCCUUCCACAUUGCAGAGUCUUCGCAGGUACAUGAUCUGACACAGGACACAGCCGCCACUUUGUAUGAUGCCGCACAGUCUAUGGAGUUCCCGGACGGCAGUGCCAUUGGCUUAACUGAUGAAGUACGCCCAAACAUACACGCAUUCCGCCAAGACUGGGUCUCCCGAACACCGACCAUUUGGGACACCAUGAUGAUUUGGGGCUUGACCAUCAGCACGUGCAUCAUCCUCAAGGUUGUCUUGGAAGAUGCAGCGGAGAAUCCGUUCCUUGGAAAUAUGCAAGGCAAGUCGGAAGAGGAGGAGAUCCUGAAACACUUCGGAUGCCAGCUACGGAAUGAUCAGGCCACGCCACAAGAUGACGGUGGAGACGAAGAAUCAGACGAUGUGCUUCAGGCGGAAAUGCUGCUCCUGAAGCGAGGGCCUCCCCAUUUAGGCCACAGAGGCAAUGGUCGCCAACUGAUGUCACCGACUGCACCAUUUCCAUCAAGCACCCAUGAUGUGGAUGAGCCUGCCGAUCUCAAUCCCGAUCACGCAUAUCAAUCGGCCGACGCCCCUGAUGCCAGAACCAGCACUGAGCACAGUGACUCUGACAAUGAGCCCAUUCCAUCCAAUGAUGCUCAACAACAUACCAACCAGCUGUAUGAGAACAGGGAGUCCACCAGUGAAACAUCCUAUUCCAGUGACACAGAGAAUUCUCACGACGAGCAGGAUCAGCUCCACCGAGAGAAGCUCCGCUCUCACCGCAAGAGCCGCUCGACCAUGCACCUUGACACGUUAUUCAACUAUCUGCCCACUGUCCAGAAAAGACGCACAGUCCAAAGUCAAUCAGUGAAACCUAAGCGACAGGCCCAGAGCAGUAAAGAAGGACAAGAUGAUGAAGACGCACAGGAGCAACAGAGGAGUGAUCGAGUUCGCGCAUGGGGAACUUUGGGGCAAUGCCUUCUGAGGGUGGAAGAGAUUGUCAUCAAAAUCCGGGAUGAUGAUGAGGCAACAGAAGAGGUUGUCACCACUCAGGUCGCGUCCCUGCACGAGGAUUUGAAAUGGACAAAGCGGCAUCAGCCCGCAGAUUUUGAAGCACGAAUGAGCUCAAUUAGAGCUAACAAGAGCACUGAUCGAGCACUGCAUGGACAGUUGGAUGAAAUAUGGGAGUAUUUGGAGCGAUUCACGGAUGAAGUGGUGCGAGAGACAGUGGAGGAUCAGAUGGAACAGCUGACAGUUUGGUUCUUUCCCAGUGCUGGUGAUGGCAAUGCAGGAGCCGAAUCAACAUCAGGCGAAACCACGGAUGAAGGAGAAUAUAGCCCGAAUUCUGGAUGUGGAGAGCCGGCAAAUCAACGUUGUACAACGCCAUUGCUGGCUCUAAUGGCACCCAAUGACGUUGUACGAUUGUUUUACAUGUCGAAGAGUGCAACAUCGGAAGACCCCAUCCCUCAACACACGCUGUUCUUCAACCGCCAUCAUCCCAGCUAUCAGGGCUACUAUGUCGAAGAACUUUACUCGACCCCCUACCACAUUUCCUCUCGAGAUCGUGAGGAAAAUUACGGACCGCCUCUUCGUGUUCGACCGCGGACAGAAUCCUCGGCGCUGUCUGCUGGCCAUCAUAUACUCGAUUGGCCCAAAGUGUACGGAGUUGCAGGCGUGGUAUUUUGCCACGCGCGAAACGCUGUAUCACCAGGUGUCGAUAAAUGGGAUGUUAUUAAGACGGCACAGCCCCCAGCUGCACAGGGCGGUUCUUUCAACAGAGCGAGCACUGAAGGGGAGGUUCGUCAAGUAUCAGCCAAUAUCAUCAAGCUAGUUACGGCUUGCACAGAGCUUCAAAAGCUUUAUCUCUGUCUUAUGCCCUCUGGGGUCUGGGCGACCUCAAAGAUCUCACACACGGCUUUUCUUCCCAUCAUUUCUCUCAAAGUUUUACGCGAGGUCUCCUUCGAAUAUUGGAUGGGAUGCCGUCCUUUCAUCGCCGCCAAUGCCUCUACUCUGACCACCAUCCGCAUCAAUAGAGAGGAACUGGAAACACCAGCUGGGAACGAUGCUCGCAUUCAUUUUCCAGAGUUGAGAGUCUAUAAGGACAAGCACUUGGGCCACAUCGAAUCAGUGCCCAACUUGUCUUCCUUUACAUCCUGCUCCUUAGCAGUCCGUCCUCAUGAUGACUCCGAAGGAACGUGUCGUCUUUUUCUCGACAUCGCACGGCUUGGCCUUUCCACCCUCACUGUGCUCAAUCUCACCCUCAUCCCCUAUGCUGUGGAAGCAAAGGCAGAAGACGCUCACGUCCUCCAGUCCAUCAUUGCAGCCUGCCCUUCGCUCGUCAAGCUCAGCUUGGACUCAGUUGGGCGGGUUCAGUGCCCCCGCAUCAAUGGCUGGACGCAACCUGAUGACGAGGAAGGCGAUAUGCGCGUUAACAUCGCUGUCUUUGGGUUCCACCACGUGCACUGGGGUUUGAAGGAGAGUUGGGUCCUAUCGGAACGAGAGAUGGAGAAGGAGCGGGGUUGGGUGUCAAUGCUGGCAACUUCGUGCCCUGCGUUGGUAGCAUGUAAAUUUGGUGGUAGUCCAGGAAAUCCUGCCGCUGUGGAAGAGCGCAACUUGUGCGAGAUUUGGACCACGUGGCCCGAAAAUUUCCUCCCAACCUUCAUGAGCGACACCAACACGAACACCAUCAGUCUUGCAGUAGAAGGUCACGGCAUCCAAGGGCGAGUAGAGAUAAAGCUGCCCGUCAACAUCCUUCAAGUGUUGGAAGCACACGCAGACAGAUUUAAAGCAGCGAAACCACAUCAGCGCUGGCGCAUGUUCAAGAAAGUCAAGAAGGCUCUAGUGAACCUCCCCAUUACGGGUGAUGCACUCAAAAAGUUACGCACUACAAAGCACUGCCGAGCAUGGCUUAUCUUUCAAGCCGACGGACGACUGGUUCCGGCUUUUGAGGAAGCAUUGAUGGCAAAGUGGCCAGACAGGGUGCAGGCACGCGCCAAGGAGCUCGGUUCCUCUUCAGCUUUCCUUAACUUGAUAUACUCCCAAAACCUUGUGGAGAAACCAUUCCUGCUUAUCCAAUUUGAAGACCUUCACGAUGAGAAUGGUGAUCUGGUUCAUCUUGGCGAUGUACCCGCCAUCCAUGAGCUGCUCUCUGAUCACUGCCGAGCAUGGCUUAUCUUUCAAGCCGACGGACGACUGGUUCCGGCUUUUGAGGAAGCAUUGAUGGCAAAGUGGCCAGACAGGGUGCAGGCACGCGCCAAGGAGCUCGGUUCCUCUUCAGCUUUCCUUAACUUGAUAUACUCCCAAAACCUUGUGGAGAAACCAUUCCUGCUUAUCCAAUUUGAAGACCUUCACGAUGAGAAUGGUGAUCUGGUUCAUCUUGGCGAUGUACCCGCCAUCCAUGAGCUGCUCUCUGAUGUACCCAACUCCGACUUCUACUUCUCGACCCAUCAUCACCGGCAGCGCUCCAGCAAGCACCCUGGCAAAACUUCCCCCUCGUUAAUAAUCGGCCACACCGACAGAGUGCCUACUUCACGCAUCUCAGUUGAAGGACUUGACAUUGAUGAGCUCGUUAGCUCGUCCUCAAACUUCAUCCAUCCUGCAAGGAAACAUACAUUCUACUGUGGUAUGGACACGUCUAUGAACGAGGUCGAGGAGUUGCUCAACGGUGAGGAGAAUGCGAGCAAGGUGAUGUCCGAUGGUUGUCCGGACGAUGGGGAAUACUUGCCAUGCGGCAUCAUGGGGGAGGAUGGAUGUGAAUGUGAUGAAGUUGGGGUGUAUGGGGUGGGGGUGGAUGCGGAACCCCGGGAAGUGCUGAAGAUCGCCAGGGCUGUCUGGGAUGCAGUGGAGGGGGAAGUGGAGAGGGAGGCAGCCGAUGUGGCCGUGGCGAAGGCGGAACGGGAGUGGGAUGAGCUCCUGGCACAGGCGGAGCAGCAGCUGGUGGAGGAAGAAAUGGCGAAGGUGAAGGCUCGGGAGAGACAGUGGGAUGAGGACUUCCAUCGCAUGAACGAAGAGGACUGGUUGCAGGAGUUGGCAUGGUUGGCAUGGCGGGAGGAGAUGGAACGGACUCCGACUCCGGACUCCGAUUUUGAUUCUGCUGCGUGGCGAGCAGGAGAAGGAGUGGCUGGGGGAGAGAAAGAGGUUGAACAGGGGAUGCCUAACAUCCAUAUCCCUGGGCAGGGGGUCCCUGCUCCACUCCUGGAUCUUUGGUAUCUCUGCAACGUGCGGGAUAUCACGCACUGUGGAGCUACUUCCUGGCACCCAGGGCUCAGGGGAGUAAUUUGGCAGUACUUGCAUAAUAUUUGCAGCCUCGUACGGACCAUGGCUAAUAUUAUUAAUCGCCCACAGGGUGAACCCCGUGGCCAGUGCAGAGGUGCAGCAAAAAGACUGGCCCAUUGGAUCAGCGCGGCUGUGAUCAGUUCGUCGAGCUCGUUCAGAAUAUGGCCUCCUCGUAAUAUUCCCGCGACACUGUGGAGCGGUGCGGCGGCUGCUUCUCCAUUGCCCCAUCAAAUCGACCCGCCCCUGGGUGCCUCCAAAGUCGAACCACAACUUCCACAUGAAUCCAUGGAGGUUGACCGGGCACCGACACCAUUGCCCGACUUCCAUCUUCCAGAGUAUGAACUCGACAUCUUGCGUCGCGAGCUCAGGGACGAGACCAGUUCGUUAUCAGUGGAGCAGCUGGAGCUGUUGAGGGCUAUGUGUCUCGGUAUGGUAUGGCGCCGAAGAUCAGACUGGGAUAGGGCUGAGAUGGUGAAGGAGUCGAGAGACGCGGUCAGAGAGUUUGUAGAGGAGCUGAGGAUGGAUAUGGACGAGGAUGGGUGUUCAGUUUUGUUCAUGUUAUGA